AUGGAAAAAACUACAUGUAUUCGAGCUACUGCAUGGCGUGCUCAAGCAAAUGUGCAUACAUCAGACGUGACCCGCAAGCCAAUUGUUCAAAAUAUAAGGCUCUGUCUUCCAAAGGAUACAUCCCACAGUGAUCUACGAGAUCUUUGUCUGAAAGAGGCUUACAUGCUCAAAUCAGUUCCCUCUAUUAAGCUUCCUUGGACAAAGCUGAUUUGGAACAAGGACAUUCUACCAUCUAAAGCCAUGACUAUUUGGAAACUGACGGUUGACAAAUUACCUACUGAUGAGCAACUUAUGACUGGGGGUCGUGUGAUGGCUUCACUCUACUCUUUGUGUAGAUCCAAUUCUAAAAAUAUGAGACAUCUCUUCUUUUCUUGCAACUUUGCAAUGAGACCCUGGCACUGGAACCCUGUUACGUUCAACAAUAUAUCUCAUACUGACAUAAGCACCAUUAUUAAGAUAAAGACUCAAAUCUCUUGUUCAGGCAAGAAUUCUAACCUUUGUGUUUCUUCUUCCAUGGAUGACUUCAUGCUUCUCAAGGCUUUUGAUAUCUCUUUCAGACCCCCUAGGGCUCCCUCCAUAAAGGAGGUUAUUUGGAAACCUUCACCUAAUGGUUGUCUCAAAUGUAACUACGACGGUUCUUUUAUUCAUAAGACCACUUGCAAUGAGGGUGUUGAAUAA